AUGGAAGAGAAACCGCAUUGCAUUAUUAGAAGGGAGUUUCUUCCCAGAGAGGUGUCGUCCAUCUCACUGGCGUUACUGCUUGCGGCCAUCCUGCUCCUUAAUGCCCUUCUCUACCUGUACCUCAACAAGUUUUACAGCUCUCUGGGAUGUGUUGAAACAGACCCUAGCCUCUGUCCUUUUGGGCAUUUUAAAUUCGGAGCGGUGAAGAAUUGUUCCCUGUGGCUUUCCUGUGAGGCCAUAAAUAGGGAAGCCAGGAAACUCAAGUGUGUUGGUGAAGGUGCUGUGAAAAAGGUCUUCCUUUCUGAGUGGAAGGAAAAGAAAGUGGUCCUUUCACAGCUCACCAACUCAGAGCUGAAGGAAGAUCUCCAUGGACUAAAGAUGCUGAAAGCCCUUCAGACCAAGCAUGUUGUCCGGCUGCUUGGCUACUGUGAGCAGCAAUUCACAAUCAUCACUGAGUACCAUCCUCUUGGUUCACUAAGAGGCCUGAAUGAAACUCUCCACAUUCCCAAAUACAAGGGCAUGAACACCUGGCAUCGCAGGCUGAUGCUCGUUGUGGACUACGAGUACCUGCACAGUAGCCCCCUGGGCACCUUAGUGAUGUGCAACUCGAAUGACCUGGACAAGGUUCUCUCCCAGUAUCUCCUAACAAGUGACUUUCACGUUCUGGUGAACGAUUUGGAUGCUUUGCCUCUUGUGAACAGGACUGCUGGCAGGCUGGUGAAGUGUGGUCACAGGGAGCUCCGGGGUGAGUUUGUAGCUCCUGAGCAGCGUUGGCCCUAUGGAGAAGAUGUGCCAUUUGAAGAUGACCUUAUGCCUCCAUAUGAUGAGAAAACAGACAUCUGGAAAAUCCCAGAUCUCUCCAAUUUUUUCUUGGGCCAUGUUGAAGGAAGUGACAUUGUACAACUGCAUUUGUUUGACAACCAUGCAGCGUAGGACCUAGCAGAACGGCCCUCUGCCCACGAGGUCUUGGACACCUACAGGAAAGUUUUAACUCUGCUUAUUCGGGAGGCAGCCAUGCCUGGUACUAGAGAAAUGUUAUGGUGA